CGAUGACUGUCGAGAUCAUAUUCUACACUCCCACACACACAUAUUCCUCACAACAAUGAGCUCGAUCAACAUGUUCGCACGGCGUCAAAUCUCCACAUCAUCUCGCGUAGCAUCCUCUUCCCGUCCACUCCUGCCCUCGGGUCGACUAUCGGCAGAUCAACUCCGUCAACUCGUCGAUCUCCAUCACUCGGCAGCGACGUUCAUCACCCCUUCAUCCCUCUCGCAUAUCGUCGAAUCAGUCUUUGAUCAGACUUACACCCGAACGGCCUCGGACGAAUCGCUACGAGAUGCCGCAGCUCGUCAGCUCGAACGAGGAGGUAUCCCCGGUCAAAAGGCCGACACCCUCGUCGAACUCUCCGUCAGCCGGACGGGCCAGAGCUUGAAGGGUAUCCGAAACAUUUACGACGAACGGCUGCUAGGUUACGCUUCCCCAUCCGUACCCAGCCGAGCCCCUACCGCCGUUACUCUGUACCGACGAACGAACGGCUCGAACUCGCUCUCCUGGUCUGAUGAAAAGGUCGGCGAGACCAUCAACCCGGCCGGCGUGCAUCAGUCGGGCAAGAACGCCAGUGGACCGUUGGGGUACGAAGGGAGCGCAUAUGCGGACAACUUGGUCGCCCUCAGGGAGAGCAGGAGAGACGACGCUCUGUUCGGGACCGUAGGCAAGAGCCGACCGGGUCUCGAGGCCGUGUUGGACCAUAUGCGAUCGGGUGAUGCCGGAAGUCCGAUAGAGGCCGUCGAGGGGUCGAAGCAGGAGUAGAAGAGGGAUUU